AUGUAUUUGCGGGUGGUUCUGGUUGUACUGCAGAAGGCACAGGUUCAGAACCAUGCCUGCACAAGCUUGACACGCACGUUCCACGGUUUGGCUCGGUGUAUCUCCGAACAGAAUUCGCAUUUGUUUGUGUCCAGAUGGUCCGCAGGUGAAACUCGCCGCGGCUUUGCGAUGGCUGGCGCCGGCUUUGAAAUCAAGCUGGACGACCCGGAGGCUGAACUCUCACAGGAUCAGUAUGAAAAAGUCGUCGACAACUUUAAAUUGCUCGAUCAAAGCAAGACAGGACGGCUCAAUCCGCAGCAGGUGGGAAUCCUUUUCCGAGCAUUCGGGCAAAACCCCACAGACGAGGAGCUGGCGGAGAUGCUCAGACCAGUUCCACAGGUGGGCUUGGAUGUCGAUGGUUUCAUCCGGUUCUUCAAAGGCAACUACAGGACGCCAACGACCGAAGACACACUUCUGAAGGCAUUCCAGGUUUUCGACUUGGAGGACACUGGCAUCAUGAGCCGCGAGAAGUUCAAGGAGAUGCUGACAUCCCUCGGAGAUCCCAUGCAGGAGCAUGAGGUGGAUGCCAUCUUGAGGGAGGCGGAGGUGGAUGAUAAAGGCCUUUUCGACUACAAGUCCCUGGCCAAGCGGCUGUGUGAAGGGCCAAAGCGCAUACCAGACAUGCCAUGA